AUGAAAUAAAGUUUAAGAGCUAAAGAAAUUCAUUUUUAUGUUAGCCUGGUUAUUAAGAUGAUGAUAUAAAUCUAAAAUGUCUAACAAUAUGUUGUAGAUUAAAUCAUCGUUGAUGAAGAAGAUUGUGAUGAUGGUAAUCAUGAUUCAUUGAUAGAAGUCAUUAAUGUUAAUUUAAAUGUUAAGGUGAAUGUUGAAUUUGUUUCAAAGGUAAACAUUAUCAAUGCAAAGAUACUUAUUAAUUAAUUGAGGCAAUUCAUACAUUCAUAUCAAUUUUUGGUGAUUUAGUAGUAAUUAAAAAUGAAUAAGGAGGCAAUGAUAAUGCUAAUAAAUUUUGAAGAAUCUCAUCUUUUUUAAUUCUAAUGUUACAAUCAUUUUAUCCAUUUAAGUUUAGGGAUUUCUUAUAAAUGUAUGAAAUAAAUGCAUGGUAUUUAACAGCUACUAAAUGAGUAUUGAAUGUGUAAAUGGAAGAGUUGCUAAAGGAUGAUUCAAAUUAAUAUCCUUUAGAUUUGUGCAAUUUGUGAGAAUGAUCAAAGCAUUAUUUACUAUGUUAAAAUGAAGAAUGCCUACAAUGUGAGAAAUGAUUCUAAUAUGAUUAAUAAAGUAAACAAUGGAUUCUAAUUUUUGGCAACAAUAUAAUUUUAGGGAAUGAAUAAUUUGAAGAUUAGAUGA